GUGCACCGCGCUGAAGGAAGCAAUUGCUGCUGAGCUGUACUUACAGUAUCUGAAGUACAGUGAGAGAUCGAUUAAAAUAUUAACCUGUGUUUAAAUCAUAAGAGAUACGAAAAGGAGCUACAGCAUACAGUCAUAUUGCCAACACAUCGCUGUACCCGUGCUACUCACAACUCAGCGGAGCUCAGUUUAGUGAACCUGAUGGAAGAAUAUUGUUGCGUGCUUCUCACUGUUGCCUGCUUUAUCUCGCUGCCGUCAGUACAAUCUGAGAAUUAUUAUGCAAAGAACGCGCUGACAGCAGAUGGAGGCUGGCUGUCCACCAGAAACUCAAGCCCAGCUGACGAGGGCCCAUGCACAGUGGAGGUCAGGGACCAGUCUUUGACGUACUCCCAGUUCAUUGAAAGAUAUGCAUAUUCCAGACCUGUCAUUAUCCGAGGACUUACAGACAACACAAAGUUCCAGUUUCAGUGCUCCAAGAGCAGCCUGCUACAGGAGUUUGGGGACCGGAUGGUUCGUCUGAGUACUGCUAACACCUACUCCUACAGAAAAGUUGACGUGCCCUUCCAGGAGUUUGUUGAGCACUUGUUGAGGCCGCAGUCACUCGAGACGCUGGGCAGUGACACUCUGUACUUCUUUGGAGACAAUAACUUCACUGAAUGGAGGUCCCUGUUCCAAAACUACUUUCCUCCGCCGUACACGCUUCCAGGAACAAGCGGGGCGUACAGCUUCGGCAUAGCGGGUCCUGGGACGGGGGUACCGUUUCACUGGCACGGCCCGGGGUACUCGGAGGUUAUCUAUGGGAGGAAGCGCUGGUUCCUGUACCCCCCUGAGAAAGUCCCUAAUUUCCACCCCAACAAGACCACGCUGUCCUGGGUAGUGGACACGUACCCUGCCCUGAACCAGGAGGACCGGCCCAUUGAGUGCACCAUACACCCGGGGGAGGUGCUGUUCUUCCCUGAUCGGUGGUGGCACGCUACUCUCAAUCUGGACACUAGCGUUUUCAUCUCCACAUUCCUAGGGUGAUCCCGGCUCUCCUGCCCAGACAUUCCCAUUCCAGGAUCAGUGAACACACUCCUUUAACCCCCUUUAUCCCAGGAUUCGCAGCAAUCAGGAUUUAUUCCAGCAUCCGUGUAUAAUGCAUACAUUCCUGUAAUAGAAAUGCUUGGGAUUUAUACUGUAAGGAAUUCUUGGUACAAAACAUACCUCUGUGUGUGUGUUUUUCUUUUAGUUUUAUUUUUUUUGUUUGUUUUCUUUUAGGAUUGGGUUUCUGAAAUUAUGAAGAAUUUAUGUAUUUUUUGUACAGUGUAGGAAUAAAAUGAUGUAUUGCGUA